UGUCACAAUCUGGCUGUUGGUAUUUAACUGGCCACAGAUGCUCACAAACUAGAUGGCAAGUUCAAGAGGACAAGCACAAUAAGAUGUGGAAGAGAAUUGACCAUCAACCCAAGAUCAAACCAGGGGAUGGACCUCAGACAGGCCAGUUCAAGACAUUGAGUUCAGCUCCAGAGUCUACCAUGCCACACCCUCUAGAGCUGUCACAAUUCCAGAGCUUCCCAGUGUUCGAGGACAUUAGCCGUCACAUCAAAGAAGUGGGAGCCCAGCUAGUAAAGAAAGUCAAUGCCAUCUUUCAGCUGGACAUUACCAAAGAUGGUAAAAUCAUUCUGCAGUGGACCGUUGACUUAAAGAAUGGUUCUGGGGACAUGUAUCUGGGAUCGGCCAGGCUCCCAGCAGACACUGUCUUCACAAUUCCAGAACCUGUCUUUAUGGAGUUGGUUUUGGGAAAAAUGAACCCUCAGAAGGCAUUUCUUGCUGGCAAAAUCAAAGUGAGUGGCAAGGUUCUGCUUGGUCAGAAGCUGGAGAGAAUUUUCAAAGACUGGGCUAAACUUUGAGCAUGCAAAACUACCAAGGAAGUUAGAACUUCUCUCCAAUUAUACUGUCAAGUGGAAAUCAUGCUUAAACUGAAGAUUAAAACAAAAAGUAUCCAAUAUUUUUACUCAAA